GCGAACCGGAGAGCGUCGUCCUGAGAGGAGUGAAGGCGGCAAAAUGGCGGACCGCUUCUCCCGCUUCAACGAGGAUCGAGACUUUCAGGACUCAUGCUUAUGGUGUUGAAUCUAAAAAGUCAUCAUUAAACCAAGAGCAUUUGUUUGCUUUUACUUGGUUUAAAUGUCAUGGAAUAAGACUACAUUUGUUUUGACGGGUAAUCACUUUGAUCAGUAUGAAGAAGGACAUUUGGAAAUUGAACAAGCAUCACUUGACAAGCCUAUAGAAUCGGAUAAUAUUGGACAUCGCUUACUCCAGAAACAUGGGUGGAAGCUGGGCCAGGGAUUGGGAAAAUCUCUUCAGGGGAGAACAGAUCCCAUUCCAAUUGUCGUCAAAUAUGAUGUCAUGGGCAUGGGUCGCAUGGAAAUGGAGCUUGAUUAUGCUGAAGAUGCUACCGAACGGCGCCGUGUCCUAGAAGUAGAAAAGGAAGACACAGAAGAAUUGAGACAGAAGUACAAGGAUUAUGUUGACAAAGAGAAGGCAAUUGCCAAAGCAUUGGAAGACCUCCGAGCCAACUUCUACUGUGAACUCUGUGAUAAGCAAUAUCAGAAACAUCAGGAAUUUGACAACCAUAUCAACUCCUAUGAUCAUGCACACAAGCAGAGAUUGAAAGAUCUCAAGCAGAGAGAGUUUGCUCGAAAUGUCUCUUCGAGAUCCCGCAAAGAUGAGAAGAAACAGGAAAAAGCCCUUCGGCGGCUCCAUGAAUUGGCAGAGCAAAGGAAACAAGCUGAAUGUGCACCUGGAAGUGGUCCCAUGUUCAGACCAACCACAGUGGCUGUAGAUGAAGAAGGUGGAGAUGAUGAUAAAGAUGAAUCAGCUACAAACAGUGGCACAAGUGCCACUGCCACUUGUGGCCCAGGAUCUGAAUUCUCCACAGAUAAAGGAGGCCCUUUCACUGCAGUACAAAUCACUAAUACCACUGGACUGACACAGGCCCCUGGGUUAGCUUCCCAAGGCAUCAGCUUUGGCAUUAAGAAUAAUUUAGGGACCCCACUGCAAAAAUUGGGAGUGUCAUUUUCCUUUGCCAAGAAGGCUCCUGUCAAACUCGAGUCAAUAGCAUCAGUUUUCAAGGACCAUGCAGAGGAAGGGACCUCUGAAGAUGGAUCAAAAGCCGAUGAGAAGGGUUCUGAUCAAGGACUGCAGAAGAUGGGAGACUCUGAUGGUAGCAGUAAUCUUGAUGGUAAAAAAGACGAUGAAGACCCUCAGGAUGGAGGGUCCCUUGCCUCAACAUUAUCUAAGUUAAAAAGAAUGAAGCGAGAAGAAGGAGCUGGGGCUGCAGAGCCAGAGUAUUACCACUACAUUCCCCCAGCACACUGCAAAGUAAAACCAAAUUUCCCCUUCCUACUCUUUAUGAGAGCCAGUGAACAAAUGGAAGGUGAUAAUAGUAUACACCCAAAAAAUGCCCUAGAGAGCAAAAAAAGCAGUUCUCCCAAGCCUAAGGGCUGUGUCAAGGUGGCAGUAAGCCAAGGAGCAGAGAAGACAGUUGAUGAAGUCUCUGAGCAACAAACAGAAACCAGUGUCACAGAGCCCUCAGAGCCUGGAAGCAAAGCUGAGACAAAGAAGUCCUCAGGAGGGGAUGUGAGUGAGCAGGAUGUAGAGAGUGCAAGUCAGAAGGUUUCAGAGAACCAAAUAUGUGAGUCUAACCCUUCUAAAGAAACUUCUCAGAUCACCACACCAGGGAAAGAAAGCCAGGAGGGACCCAAACAUCCUACUGGUCCCUUCUUUCCAGUUUUGAGCAAAGAUGAAAGCACUGCCCUCCAGUGGCCAUCAGAACUCUUAAUUUUUACUAAGGCAGAACCCUCCAUUUCAUACAGUUGUAACCCUUUAUACUUUGACUUUAAACUUUCAAGGAACAAAGAUGCCAGAGCUAAAGGGACAGAAAAACCAAAGGACAUAGGCUCCUCAAAGGACCAUCUCCAAGGCCUUGAUGCUGGUGAGCCAAAUAAAAUCAAGGAAGGAGGAGAGAAUAUAGAACAUUCCUCGGGAGGCAGAAUGGAUGUACCUGCUUCAGGGUCUGCCUGUAGCAAUCUGAACAAGCAGGAACCUGGGGGUAGCCAUGGGUCAGAGACAGAGGACACAGGGAGAAGCCUUCCUAGCAAGAAAGAACGAUCUGGGAAGUCCCACCGACACAAAAAGAAAAAGAAACACAAAAAAUCCAACAAACACAAACGGAAACACAAGGUUGACCCAGAAGAGAAAAGCUCUAAGACAGAGUCUGGGGAGAAGUCUAAGAAGCGCAAGAAACGAAAACGAAAGAAGAAUAAGUCAUCAGCUCCAGCAGAUUCUGAACGGGGACCCAAACCAGAGCCCCCUGGGAGUGGUAGCCCUGCACCGCCCAGACGGCGGAGGCGAGCUCAAGAUGCUUCCCAGCGGAGACCCCUCCCGGCUGAAGAAGGGAGCAGUGGCAAGAAGGAUGAAGGUGGAGGUGGUGGUGAUUCCCAGGAUCAUGGUGGCAGGAAACACAGAGGUGAGCCUCUGACUUCGUCCUGCCAGCGAAGAACUAGCACCAAACGGAGCAGCCGAUCCAGCCAUCGGAGUCGCCCCAGUAGUGGAGAUGAGGACAGUGAUGAUGCUUCCUCACAUCGGCUACACCAGAAAUCUCCUUCCCAGUACAGUGAGGAGGAGGAAGAGGAAGAAGACUCAGGCAGUGAGCAUUCCCGUAGCCGCUCCCGGUCGGGCCGGCGCCAUUCCUCACAUCGUUCCUCCCGGCGUUCUUACUCAAGUAGCUCAGAUGCUUCUUCAGAUCAGAGCUGCUAUAGUAGACAGCGCAGCUACUCUGAUGACAGCUACAGUGACUAUAGUGAUCGAUCUCGAAGGCACUCCAAGCGCUCCCAUGACUCUGAUGACUCUGAUUAUGCCAGCUCCAAGCACCGGUCCAAACGGCACAAAUACUCCUCUUCCGAUGAUGACUAUAGCCUCAGUUGCAGCCAGUCCCGAAGCCGCUCUCGGAGUCACACCAGGGAGCGCUCAAGGUCCCGGGGCCGCAGUCGCAGCAGCAGUUGUAGCCGCAGCCGGAGCAAACGGAGAAGCCGCAGCACCACAGCCCACAGCUGGCAGCGGAGCCGAAGCUACAGCCGUGACCGCAGCCGGAGCACCAGGAGCCCUUCCCAGAGAUCGGGUUCCAGGAAGGGAUCAUGGGGUCAUGAAAGCCCAGAGGAGAGGCGUUCUGGUCGUCGAGACUUCAUCCGCUCUAAAAUCUACCGCUCCCAGUCUCCCCACUAUUUCCGAUCAGGCCGGGGAGAAGGUCCUGGGAAGAAAGAAGAUGGCAGAGGAGAUGAUGGUAAAGGGACAGGUCCACCCUCCCAGAACAGCAAUGUUGGCACAGGAAGGGGAUCCGAAGGUGACUGCAGCCCUGAAGACAAGAAUUCCGUCACUGCCAAACUGCUGCUGGAGAAGAUCCAGUCAAGGAAGGUGGAGAGGAAACCCAGUGUGAGUGAGGAGGUGCUGGCCACCCCUAAUAAAGCUGGGCUCAAACUCAAAGACCCCCCACAAGGUUACUUUGGCCCUAAGCUCCCCCCAUCUCUUGGCAAUAAGCCUGUCCUUCCACUAAUAGGGAAGCUCCCAGCUACCCGAAAACCCACCACCAAGAAAUGUGAAGAGUCUGGCUUAGAAAGGGGGGAAGAGCAAGAACAGUCAGAGACAGAAGAAGGGCCUCCAGGGAGUAGCGAUGCCCCAUUUGGACAUCAGUUCCCUUCAGAGGAAACAGCUGGCCCCUUAUCAGACCCACCCCCAGAAGAGCCAAAGUCUGAAGAAGCUACUGCUGAUCAUCCUGUGGCUCCACUAGGCACCCCAGUGCACUCUGACUGCUAUCCUGGGGACCCCACCAUCUCCCAUAACUACCUCCCUGACCCCAGUGAUGGGGACACACUAGAGUCCUUGGAUAGUGGCAGUCAGCCAGGCCCUGUGGAAUCCAGCUUGCUGCCUAUAGCGCCAGACCUUGAGCACUUCCCCAGUUAUGCACCUCCCAGUGGGGAUCCUAGUAUUGAGUCGGCUGAUGGGGCUGAGGAUGCUUCCCUGGCCCCUCUGGAGAGCCAGCCUAUCACCUUCACUCCUGAGGAAAUGGAGAAGUACAGCAAGCUCCAGCAAGCCGCACAGCAACACAUCCAACAGCAGCUUCUGGCCAAGCAAGUAAAGGCCUUUCCAGCCUCUGCUGCCCUGGCCCCAGCCACUCCAGCCCUGCAGCCCAUCCACAUUCAGCAGCCAGCUACAGCCUCUGCCACCUCGAUCACAACUGUUCAGCAUGCCAUCCUACAGCAUCAUGCGGCAGCAGCUGCUGCUGCAAUUGGAAUUCACCCCCACCCUCAUCCCCAGCCACUUGCCCAAGUACAUCAUAUUCCCCAGCCCCACUUAACCCCCAUUUCCUUGUCCCACCUCACUCAUUCAAUCAUCCCUGGCCAUCCCGCCACCUUUCUCGCUAGCCAUCCCAUUCACAUCAUUCCUGCCUCAGCCAUUCAUCCUGGGCCCUUCACCUUCCAUCCUGUCCCACAUGCUGCCCUCUACCCUACCCUGCUUGCUCCACGGCCUGCUGCGGCAGCUGCCACUGCCCUCCACCUUCACCCACUACUUCAUCCCAUCUUCUCAGGUCAAGACCUGCAGCAUCCGCCUAGCCAUGGCACAUGAGUUGGGGAUUGGGAGCCCAGGUAGGGCCAGGGAAGGUGACCCAUAUAUCUUCCCUCGGGGGUGUUGAGCCAUUAAUACCAGCAAGUACAAGCUGGGAUGGGCAGUGUCUGACAGCCAAAGAAUCAAGUUUUGGCUUGCAGGGGUGGUUUUAGAUUUGAGGUUUGCUUUGGGUUUACUAUCAGGGAUUUUUUCCCCCCUUCCCCCUUUCUCUUUGUCCCUCCUCCUGUGUUUCCAAGCUAGGGAACACCAGUAAGUGCUCCCCACCCCUCUGCGGCAACAUCUCCAAACUCGAGUUUGGAUACUCGUCUCCUCCCUCUACUUUUUAUCCUCUGCUCUCCCCUUCUGUAAAUUUUGAAACAUUUUCUUCCUCUCUGGCCGGCGGUUUGGCCAUCUGGUCCUGCGCUCUCAAUGUCUUUGACCAUCCCUUGGUGACCUUAUGCUAUCCCGGGUGAGGUGGAAAGGGAGUCUGACCUGCAACUAGAUGCUACUCAGGCUGUUAUUCAAUCCACUUCCCACACAAACAGCCACACAUUGGCACUGUUGUCCUCAUAUCCCUCAUCCCAGAAGAGAUAUCUGCAUAUCCCAGAAAAGAAGAUGCUAUCAUGAAUAGAAGCUAUGCGGAACAUAAAGUCACCCGUGUGCUUACCCAGAGAGGAGCUCAUGUGUCUGAAGGGUGUAUUUUCUUCUGUCAUGUUGAUGUUUCCUUCUUAAUUUAUAGGAUUUUUUUUAAUGUAAAAAAUUGCACUGAACUCUAUAAACGUAAAUGCUGCUUUUUGUAGCUCAUAUAAAAAAAAGUUCCAUAUUUGUAGUAUACUGCAAUAAUAUUUUUUACAUCCAGCUCUUUAAGUGAUCCUUGUUCUGGUGGCUUUGUGUAAAUAUGUUUGCCCUAGUUGAAUUAAGAAACUUUAAAGGUUAUAAAAUGAAAACAAAAAAUAAAGUACCUGUUUUCUGCUAGAUGCAAAAAUGACUAAGCAUGUAUAUUUUAUCAAGCUCAUGUAUUUUUUGAAGUUAUGAACUAUAAAAAUGUUAAAACAAAAAAAAAAAAGAACAUUGUUUAACAUUUUUUGCUGGGACAAAAUGUUUAAUUUGCAGUAAGAGGUGCGCCCCGCACUGGGAUUUUUGAACUAAUGGGCAGCAGUCGGCUGAGGGUGUCAGAGGGAUCCUCAGUUAUGACAUCUCCCUCGUGCUUUGCAGUUUUAUACAGAGAGGUAGGCCCACAGAGGAGGGAGAGAUUUGAGAGCUUUAUUCUCUGGAAGCAGUGAGAUUCAGAGUGGUUGUCCUGGGGGGGAGAGGGGGAGGGUUCCUGGGUGCCUUGUUCCAGGCAGUCCAUUUGCCUUCCUAAUACUUCGCCCCCCUCUGACAAUUUUUUUUUUUUAAUGUGCCUUUUGGGUUGGCUAGAAACUGAAGUAGAAGUAGACUUAAGGGUCAUAGAGUUGGGACAGUUUCUUCCUCUUGUUGGGAGGUGAGCACAUUUACAGAUACUGCAGAUUCUUUUGCUUCAUAGUUUCCAUGCCUUCUGCCCAGCUUAGUUUAAGCAGUGAAGAUGUUCUUUUUCCUUUUCUCCCGUGACACCUACCAGAGGAAGCACCACCUCAAUUCCUCUUCCUCCUCUUGCCUUUCACCUGGGCUCUCAGAACUAAUUAACAUACUGACCCAUUUAUGUUGCAGGUCUCAUCUUUGGCAUAGUUAGCAUUUCCCUACCUAUUCCUGUGGCUAGAAUUGGUUGGGUGGUUACUGAACAGGAAGAAACAAACCAUACGUACUUGGGCCAAGGCUCUGCAUUUUCUGCCUUUCUUCUCAGAUUCCCAAAAGAAAAAAGUUUUGAGUGAGAAGCAAGGGCAAACAAGGCUCUUGACUGAGCCUCCUACCUGUUCAGUUCUCCUCAUCUGAGUGAGAAGCAUCACUUUUGAUAACUAGCACUGGAAAAAUGAAAUCAUCUGUUUGAAGUGAAGGGACUCAUUUUUCUUUGCUUUCAGCCCAUGUAAAUAUUUAAAUAAUACAGUAUUAACAUUUUUGUGCUGCUUCCCAUUAGCUUGUAGAUUGAGCCAUACUCUGGCUGCCUCUCUACCUUCCUGGGGGCAGUUUUCUUUAAAUUUUCAGAAUAGUGAUUUUAAAACUUAAAGGAAAAAUAAAAUAACCUAUCCUUACUUACAAGCAUUACAGAUUGUAUUUAACUUUAUCACAUAUGAUAGAGAUAUAUAUGCUGUAAAAUUAGGGAAAGGAACUUUCUAAUAAACCAAUGAUUUGUGGAAA